AUGCAUCUCGGAUUCGCAAGUGCAGUCGCAGCGGCGGACACGGAGACUCCGGAAGUGAAGGAGAUCGCCAUCGCUAACUGCCCAAAACACUGCGGCUACUGCUGCUUGAGUCCCGAGUUUAAGUGCUUAAACAAAGACUUUCCACGAGUGAGGUGCCAGACCAUAACUCCGCAACAGUGCCGGGACCCAACAUGGAGAUCAAUUAUCGCUGAAGACUGUCCCAAUGUAUGCGGAUUCUGCCUUCAAGGUGGGUGCGUCGACAAUACGAUCGAAUGCGAGAAUGAUCCGGGAAUCUGCAGAAAUGUCGAUAUGCAAGCCUUCGUCAGGUUGCCAGCGGAUUAUGCUCUGAUUCAAGCUCCAGGUAACAAGUUGUGCAGUCGUCGGUUUUUGUUGAUCAUCACAAGGGCAUUUGUUUUCAGUUGCGCCACCUGGAUAAGAAAUGGCUUCUGCACCAACGCCUUCUACACUGCUGCCCAGAAGAGAUCUUACUGUGGCAGAUCAUGCGGUCUCUGCUAA